GGAGCGGAGAGGAGGAGCCACCGGCCCGGGCGGGUGGAGUCGGGAGUCGGAGGGCGGCGGAGGCGGAUUUCCUGGGCCAGCUCUCUUGGGCUACCAUGGCGUUUGGGAAGAGUCACCGCGAUCCCUACGCCACCUCCGUGGGCCACCUCGUAGAAAAGGCUACAUUUGCUGGAGUUCAGACUGAAGACUGGGGCCAGUUCAUGCAUAUCUGCGACAUAAUUAACACUACACAGGAUGGGCCAAAAGAUGCAGUGAAAGCUUUGAAGAAAAGGAUUUCCAAAAACUACAAUCACAAAGAAAUCCAACUUUCUUUAUCACUGAUUGACAUGUGCAUGCAGAACUGUGGUCCAAGUUUCCAAUCUCUGAUUGUGAAGAAGGAAUUCAUUAAGGAUGGUCUAGUUAAGCUGCUGAAUCCAAGAUACACUUUGCCAUUAGACAUUCAGAACAGAAUCUUGGAUUUCAUUAAGACUUGGUCACAGGGCUUCCCAGGAGGUGUGGAUGUGAGUGAGGUGAAAGAAGUGUACCUCGACCUGCUGAGGAAAGGCGUUCAGUUUCCACCCUUGGGUGCCGAGGCUGAGACAAGACGGGAGACUGCUCAAAUCUCACCGAAAUCACCAACAUCUAUUCCAACUGCACCAGCUCUUUCUUCUAUAAUUGUUCCCAAGAAUCCAACUAUUUCAUUAGUACCAGAACAGAUCGGAAAACUGCACAGUGAAUUGGAUAUGGUGAAAAUGAAUAUGAAAGUGAUGGCUGCCAUCUUGAUGGAGAACAUUCCUGGGUCUGAGAACCAUGAAGACAUAGAGCUCCUGCAGAAACUUUACAAGACAGGUCGGGAGAUGCAGGAGAGGAUCAUGGACCUUCUGGUGGUAGUAGAGAAUGAAGAUGUAACUGUUGAACUAAUUCAAGUGAAUGAGGAGCUGAACAAUGCCAUCCUUGGAUAUGAGAGGUUUACUCGAAACCAACAAAGGUUUUUGGAGCAAAAUAGAAACCAGACGGAAUCCACGAAUACUGCCACUGAGCCUUCUGCUCCUUCUUCUGAUCUCCUAGACCUAAGUCCCAGCCUGCUGGUGCCUGUGUCCAAUCAGAGAGAACUCGGCAAUGCGAAUGCUCAGCUUUCAGACUUAAGUUUCAGCUCUUCAAAUCAUGUUACAACAAGCAGCUUGACUCCCAGUCCUCAUCCAUUGGUGGACUUGCUAGCAUCAGCAAAUACAAAUACAGAAAUACCCCCGUUUGCCCAAAGGACCAGCCAAAACCUCGCCUCAGGUCACACAUACGAUAAUUUACUGGAACACUCAAGUUCAGUGUUACUGCAGCCAGUCAGCUUACAGACUACCACAGCAGCAUCAAACCAGAGGCUACCACCCUUACCCAGCAAUCAUCCAGUGAUAACUAACAGUGAUCCCCAGCAGCCACCCAAUUACUAUGAGGUAAUGGAGUUUGAUCCCUUGGCUCCUGCUUUCACUACAGAAGCUAUUUAUGAAGAAAUUGAUGCUCACCACCACAAAGGAAUUCACAGUGACUCUUAAGAUGAGUGGUCCUCCCACUAGGAGCUGGAAGUGUCAACUCUGUAGUUGUCCUUGUUUAGCUCUGAGGCCUGAAAGAUAAGACCUGCCAACAUGGGAAAGCCACAGCGGACCAUUUCUCCUCUGCUAAAAUGAAGUUUCAAUAGAAAAAUAACAUUUCUGGACUAGUAUUUGUGGUUCCUGACAAGGGUUCAGAUACCCAGCAGAACCUGGUUAAAACAAGUAUUUAAAACUUCAGCAGAAGUUAAACUGCUUAGAACUAGGCCAACUCAUUAAACGGGAGUAUCUGGUGUUACACAGCCCUUUCUACAAAGAGAAAUCACAGAGCUAUGAUAAUGGUGCAUGAAGACUGCUCUGCUACAAAACAACUGUGAACAGAUGGAAGCAGGGAACUUGAGAGACCACGUAUUAUUAAAGAAGAGUAUGAGUGCCUUCACUUAACUGAGUCUGAAUGUAAAAGUCAAUUUGCACUUGUUUAUAAAUAAUACUUUGGUCUAGAAUUGUUUUGAGCAUGAUGACUGUAGUUUGUAUUUCAAGUGCCUGAGCAUGCCACUGCUAGAUGCAUCAGGUGGCCUUUAGAUGAUUCUUUCCAUUACAUGCUCUUUCCUUUUGCUGUAAUUUACAUUUCUAUUUGAAACAAAGACUAUUGGAUAACAUUUAGAAUAAGUUGUGCAGGGUUCACUUAAAUUAAAAUUAUUAUUAAAAUUGUUUGUCAGAAUUUUUUCCUUAAAGAAUACAGUAAAACUUCACAAUUCCAUCCUUACAUCUUUGAACUAUGAAGUAAAUGCAGCAAAGCCUAGCAGGUAAAUUCCAUUUUAUUUCAUGAUACCAUAAUUUCCAAGUGAUUAUUCAGUACUCUGAAUAAAAUAGUCCUCAACCUUAAAAGACAAGUCUACCUUGAAAUAGAAUGCAAACUCAAGCAAGCUGUUAAAGCUCAGUCUCACUUUAAGCAUGCCAUUGUUUGGCUCACUAGGUAAAGGUGCUUGCCAACAAGUCUGACAUCCUGAGUAGAGUCCUGGGACCCACAUGAUGGAAGGAGAGAAGUGACUCUCCCAGGUUAUCCACUGACCUCUACACAUACUGUAGCAUGCAUGCCCUCAACCCCCCGCCCCGACACACACACAAAAUAAAUGUAAAAAAAAAAUUAGUGUCAAUUCAUACUGAAGGAAAACAGCAGCCAACUAGCUUGGAAAUAAGUUCUGGCUUAUGACCUUAAACAAAUAAAUUUGGGCAAAAUUUCUUGUUUUAGAUUUCAUAUUCACUGUUAGAAGGCAUGAAGGGCUAAUAACUUAGAAGGGAACUAGAGAAGCUAAUCAUUAAAGUGGUGUGUGAUGUGUGUGGACAUGCGGGCACCCGUGCCACAGCAUGCAUGCGAGGCAAGACAGCUUUCUGGCACCUGUUCUCGCCUUUCACCAUAUUCUGAAGCAGGAUUUCUCUUAUUUCUGCUCCAUGCCGCGGCAUGUUCUAGACAAGGCAGUUCUGACUCAGCCUCCCAUUUUGUCACAGGAGCUGUGGGGCUGCAGAUGAGCGCUACUGCAUCCACCUUUUUUAAGGUGGGUUCUGGAGAUCUGAACUCAAGUUGUCAGGCCUAUGUGGCAAGCCCUUUUACCUACUCAGCCAUCUGUCUGGCCCCUAAAGCACUUCCUAGUACUGUAACACCUCGCAGUCACAUGUUCUUCACGUGGGCUUCUUGCAAUUAAAAGCUAAACCUGUUCUCUCAGUAUUAAGUGGGGUAAAUUAAGCUGUUGAAAAAGAAAAG